CCCCUUUUUCCAGCCUCUGCUCCCUGCACAGGGUCUUGUUGGGGGAGCAAGGCGAAUAAUCUGGUGUAUUAAAAGUCAAAUUGCCCACGGCUGCAUGGGGAGUCCUGGAAAGCUGGGGCAUGAAGAGGCAUUUACACCCACACGUCUCCCCGUCCUCCCCCCAUCCACGCCAAAAGUGUUACCAAAAUAACUGUGCCUAGCAGAGUGGAAGUGGGGAAGCGAAGGAAGGAAUGAAAGGCUCUUACAUAGCAGGGUUUGGCCCAUUUGGAGAACAUGCUGUGAAUGCCAGCUGGAUUGCAGUUCAGGAGCUGAAGAAGCUGGGCUUGGGAGAAGGUGUGGAUCUGCAUGUAUAUGAAAUCCCCGUUGAAUACCAAACAGUGCAAAGACUAAUUCCUGCAUUGUGGAAAGAACAUUGUCCACAAUUGGUGGUUCAUGUAGGUGUGUCAGGUAUGGCUACAACCGUAACACUGGAAAAAUGUGGGCAUAACGUUGGAUACAAAGGCUUGGACAACUGCCGUUUCUGCCCAGGCUCACAGUGUUGUGUAGAAGGAGGCCCAGAGUGCAUUGAUUCCAUUAUUGACAUGGAUGCAGUUUGCAAGAGAGUGUCAACCCUGGGACUAGACGUCACAGUUACUAUAUCCAAGGAUGCUGGCAGAUAUCUCUGUGAUUUCACUUACUAUACUUCCUUGUACCAGAGCCACGGCAGGUCUGCGUUUGUUCAUGUUCCUCCACUGGGAAAACCAUAUACUGCAGAACAGCUGGGUCGGGCACUACAGGCUAUCAUAGAAGAAAUGCUUGAUGUUUUGGAGCAUUCUGAAGGCAAAAUCAAUUGUCGCCAUGAACACUGAAGCUGGGCAAAAGUCCUAUCACUGUUGCACUUCCAAAAUAUUCCCUGCUACUAAGUACUGGGGGAGAAGCCUGUCUGAAAUGUACAGAACAAGAAUGGGAGACGGGAAAAUGAAACUUAAUUCCACGUCCAGCAAUUUUGUGGCAUUCUUUUCUUCCUGUGUGAAUUCCAUCUUGAACAAGAAAAGAUUUGACAUCUUUCCUUUAAACCACCUGCAACUACUUAUGUCCAGAAGUGGCUGAAAAAAUGUGUGCUGUGUUUUAUACAGAGGCUAUCUGUAAAUCAAGUGACAGCUAUUGAAUGAUCUAAUGCAGUGCAGAUGAAAAGGUUUACACCUGGAUUCAGAGUUUCUGUGCAGGAGUCAUUAAUUGAAAAGAUUUGCUAUUUUUAAAAAAGACUCUAAUUUUACAUUAAAACCUCUAAGCAGUUGGCAUAAAAGACUGUGAACGUAUAUUGGGUUUUAAACAGUUCUUGCUUGGGAUGGGGAGUCAAUUAUAAUUGUUUGAGGGGCAAUGAAUCUGUUUGCCAGUCCUAAAAUACCCAUGUAUUUGCAUGGACUCCUGUUAAGACUUUAAUAAUGCCGCAAACAGAAGAGGUACAGAAUUUUGAUUUCCCUUGUUUGUUGGUGAGUGCUUGAGGUAGAAAGAGGGCAUGAGUUUUUGUAUGGGGGAGACACCCAACUUGCACCAAAUAUUUCCAAAAAAUGAAUUUUAUUGUGCUCUUAAUAUCACCUACCUAGCUCAGACUAACCAUAUACCUCCUUUAUGAAACACAUUGUUUCAUAUGUGUAUAAAACAUACUUAGAGCGGUUGGAAAAGCUUUGCUAGUGACACUGUUUCCAUAGGAGUUUCUCUUCCCAGAACCUCAUUGCUUACCCUACCCCUGUAUUCUUUUCAUUGUUUGUUGUAUUUUCUUUAGGGACUGGAGGAAGAGUAACAUCUAAGGACUUGUCCGCACAGUGCGGCAAAGUGCUCUCGCGGCUUGUGAUCCACUGUCCCUUGAAGACCCUGCUGGUAUGCUCCGAAAGGUUUCUAGCGCACAUUGACAGAGAGAAACCUGCUUCAAGACUGAACUCAUGCACAGCACGUUAAAGCGCUUUACAAAUCACACCCCUCUAGAGAGCUUUGGCGUGCCAUGUAGACAAGCCC